AUGGAUUGGUCCCAAGCCACAAUUCCUGUUGGAAAGCAGCGAGUCAUCUUGCAACCUGAACCAAAGUCCAAAUUCACUGUUUUCCCAUUUGGUGACCCUAAGGCCCAGAUUUUGUACCAUUAUUAUCAAUUUGGGAACUACAUGAUUCUAUCUGACAGUGAAGUGGAUGGGUAUUCAUCCCAAAAUGAAGAAAAAGAAGGCCUAUGGCUAAUGGAGUUUGAUGGCAGUUGUGUAACAUCUAGAUCUGGCACAGGAGUUGUGUUGAUACCACCUUCUGGCAAUCCUAUUCCUUUUUCUUUUAAACUAGAGUUCAAAAACACCAACAAUACAGUGGAGUAUGAGGCCUUAUUGUUAGGCUUAGUUGUAGUUAAUAGGUUGGGGGUUAAGAUCCUGUGGGUUAAAGGAGAUGUUGAACUAAUUGUUAAGCAGGCUAGGGGAUUGUUUAGGGUCAAGAAUGAAAGGUUGAAGCACUAUCAAAAUAGAGUUUGGGAUGAAAUCGAAGGUUUCGAUGCAUUUUCCAUUGAGGCAAUACCUAGGGAAUUGAACUCAAAAGUAGAUUCAUUGGCAGUCUCAAUUUCAUUGCUUGUCCCACAUCCUGAAUUUGUUGAAGAAACUUACAGAAUAGAGUUGAUAUAUCGGCCCAGUGUUUCAGAUAAUUCUGACUCAUGGAAGGUAUUUGAGAAUCAUAAACAGAUAAAUAAUUUAAUGCAAAGUUUGGAUAUGUUUUAUGCCAUGUAUUUUGAAGGCUCUGAUGUAGAAUGCAAAGAAUUUUCACCUGAAUGA